CUGUCCCAGUGAGAUGAAUAGAAGGAGUUCACACUUCUCUUUGGAGCAAAUCCUGCCCCUUCCUCCAUCGUUACUGAGGGCAUUGCAAAGCCAGUGAAAUUCUACUUCCCAAAGGAUGGGGAAGCCCCUGUAAGAGGUGCAUGUUAUGAAGCCCAGCUGGGUUGUCCAGUAGGGAUUUGGGUUUGGGACUGUAGAUCCACUGGCCAUUCCACCCCCUGUAGUUGAAGUGUAAGUGGCACAAAGGAUCCUAAAGGAUGGGAUACCCCCCCCCAGGAGGGGGUACAAACGACCUCUCAGUUGUUCUCCAGGGUCUCAGCUUUCAUUUAGAACAACCCCCAAAAGUCUAGCUGUUACGGUUUCAGAGAAAACCUUGAAAAUGUGACCUUUGUAUAACUAAUGCAGAUGAGUGUGCCUGAGUUUGCCGAGGGCCUGAAACAAUGGCUCCAAGAUUGAACUGCCCUGUUCGUUUCAACAAAUACUAACUCGGAGGCCAAGACCCUUUAAAUGUCAAUGUCGUUCACUAUGUCACUGCUCAUGAAAGCAUAUAUCAUAUAAUGAAGACCAGUGUUUCCUAAAGUGUGGGUUGUGCUCUCCUCCCCAAGGAUCCCACAAAAGAUUAGGGGUGUGGGGGGUAUAGAAAGUGUACAAACUAAGAGGUACACACUCAGCUUCCAAAAAUUUGGGGAAGGCUGCUGUAGCCUUGGGGCUGGCAAAGGAGUCACAGUGAAGCUCUGCUGCUGCUGCUGAGUAGCUAGCCGGGGCCCUAAAGAAAGCUCUGUAGGAGCUUUUCAGGACGCAGACUAGUGGCUGCACAUGGUGUGGGCUGUAACUCAAAUCUUUUGCUUGGCAAACACUUCUGUUUGUUUCAAAGCAAAUAGCACUGCUGCAUUUUUGGACCUGUAAUAUAUGUUCAAAUGAUUCACCCAUAUCUUUGUAUUACCUAUUUAAAACAAAUUAAAACUAUCCUCCUGCAGAAAUAUCCAUGCCAUAUAAUGUGAAGACCUUAACUUGGAUAUCUGAAAUAAAAAAGUUGCUGCCAGAGUGAAAGGUGAAAUGUGCCACAAACUCAAGUGCAAAAAAAGUUGGUAUUGAAGAUUAAGGCACCUGCUCUUCCCUCCUUAGAGUUUUUUUAGGUGGAAAGUCAUUGGCUGCCUGAUGUUUUGGAGCUACUCAUGAUUGGGACGCUGAGAGUAUCCGGGAAGGUGCUUUCUCUGAGGACCCCACCUCAGGAGCAACUGCUGCUCACCCUCUAAGGAAGCCGAUCAGUGCCCUCCCAGCGGGGGGGCAGGCGUCUGCUGCCAUGGAUACUGAAUCAACAUACUCUGGAUAUUCCCACUACUCAGGUCACUCCAAAAAAGCCCACAGACAAGGGAGUCGGGACAGGCACAAAUCGCCGAGAAGUAAAGAUGGCAGUAGGUCAGAGAAAUCGGUCACCAUCCAGACGCCUCCCGCAGAACCGCUGCUGGGGAAUGAUGCCUCUCAGACAGAAGAGGGUCAGGAUGACAACUGGGGUGAGACCACAACAGCUAUCACAGGCACCUCGGAGCACAGCAUCUCCCAGGAGGACAUUGCCAGGAUCAGUAAGGAUCUGGAGGACAGUGUUGGCUUGGAUUGCAAACGCUACCUUGGUUUAACAGUGGCUGCUGUCCUUGGACUCCUCGUCUUCCUUACCCCCGUUGCCUUCAUUCUCUUACCCCAGAUCCUGUGGCGGGAUGAACUGGAGCCAUGUGGCACCAUCUGCGAGGGACUGUUCAUCUCUGUGGCUUUUAAACUCCUGAUUCUUCUGAUUGGGACCUGGGCUCUGUUCUUCCGUCAGCCAAAGGCGGAUAUACCAAGAGUGUUCGUAUUCCGGGCCCUCUUAUUAGUCCUUAUAUUCCUGUUUGUUUUUUCCUACUGGCUCUUCUAUGGCGUCCGCAUCUUGGACUCCAAGGACACCAAUUACCAGGGGAUAGUGCAGUAUGCAGUGUCUCUCGUAGAUGCUCUCCUCUUCAUUCACUAUCUAGCCAUUGUGCUGCUGGAGCUGAGGCAACUGCAGCCCAUGUUCACGGUCAAGGUGGUGCGGUCGACGGACGGAGAGUCGCGAUAUUAUAGCUUGGGGCACCUGAGCAUCCAGCGAGCUGCAUUGGUGGUUCUGGACAACUACUACAGAGAUUUCACCGUCUAUAACCCGAGCUUAUUAAUGGCCUCCAAGUCUCGUGCAGCCAAACACAUGGCUGGCCUGAAAGUCUACAAUGUGGAUGGCCCAGGUAACAAUGCUGCUGGCCAGUCCCGGGCCAUGAUCGCUGCUGCUGCCCGGCGCAGAGACUCCAGUCACAAUGAGCUUUACUAUGAAGAAGCAGACCAUGAUCGCAGAGUUAAAAAACGUCGAGCAAGGCUUGUGGUUGCAGUGGAAGAGGCUUUCACUCACAUUAAACGUCCCCAGGCAGAGGAACAGCAGAAAGCUCCAGGUGAAGUGAUGGAUCCCCGUGAGGCAGCCCAGGCAAUUUUCCCAUCCAUGGCGAGGGCUCUGCAGAAAUACCUUCGCACCACCCGGCAGCAGCACUACCACAGUAUGGAGAGCAUCCUGCAGCACCUGUCCUUCUGCAUCACCAACAACAUGACGCCCAAGGCAUUCCUGGAGCGUUACAUCAAUCCAGGCCCAACCCUCCAAUAUGACAGGGAUCGCUGGUUCUCCAAGCAGUGGACGCUCGUCAGUGAAGAAGCAGUCACACGUGGAUUAAGGGAUGGUGGUGUUUUUGUUCUCAAGUGCUUGGACUUCAGCCUUGUAAUUAAUGUGAAGAAAAUCCCCUUCAUCAAACUCUCGGAAGAGUUCAUAGAUCCCAAAUCUCACAAAUUUGUCCUUCGCUUGCAGUCUGAGACUUCGGUUUAGGGUGCAGGGUGGUGUUCUCUUCUUCUUGUGCUUUUGGAUUUUGUGUCCCCAAUGCUGACUGAAACUGGCAGAUGACAGACCAGUAAUAUUUGACCAUCUGCACUUUAUUUGGAAGAAGGGCCAGGGGUAAUGGGUUGGGAUAUCUAUCUAGAAAGUAGUAUCUUAAAAGCUCACAAGGCAACUUGGUAGAGUUAGCUCAGCCUUUAAGACAGAAUGGUCCUCCUUGUUUUCCAGGCAUAUUGUAGACUCUGUAAACAAACAUGGCCUUUAUAUUUCCUUUGGAGCCCUGCCUUGCAGUGAUCAGUAGUGUGCGUACGUUUCCCUUACUCAGGCCUGACCUGUCUCUGCAUCCUGUGCGUGUAGAUUUCUAUUGGGAAGCAGCUUUUUCUCAUGUAUAAAAGUCUGCGUAUGAGGGAGAAUAUACAGUUCCCCUCCUCUCAGGAAGGAGAGUGUGGUGGGUGGGGAGAGAAUUGAUAGUUGUUUGUAAACCAGGCUGUCUAGUGGUUGAAGAGCCCUUCCCCCUCUAGGGAUGCUCUUCUCCAAUAGCACUGGACCCCUGUGAAUCAGGGGGUAGCAGGGAUGGGUUUUGCCAUCUGUUUCCUUCAGUUGCUUCUAUUGCUGAUCAUUGUAUGGGCACUACUCGUUUUGCAGCUGUUUGAAUUAUUACCAGAUGUCUUAAUGAGAUGUCAGGGGAUUGGUGCAUAAAUACCCUUGGCCCCUUGAUCUCUAAUCCCUGCCCCACUAAUUUGAAUGUCCCAUGCUCCCUCUCCUCUCUGUCCCCUUUGCAGCUUUCUGAAUGUGUUUCUCUAGCAACGGCUCCUCUGGGGUCAGUCGUGUUAUCACGUCCUCCCCACCCCCUUUCCCGAUAUAUUUGCACAGUUACAGCCUGGCUGAGUAAAUGUUCUCCUAGGAGGUGUGUGGCGUUUACCUAACCCUGACGGCCUGGUCCCAAACAAAGGGAGCCUGUGCAGGAAUGUGGUAUCAUACUUUAGAAGUGCUUCAAGAGCAUCUUGAAGGAAGGGGGAAUGCUUAAUCCCUGUCCCUCACAGGGCCCAGAGAGAGUGUGAGCAGGGGAAGGACAGACCUUGGCUGACACAGGUGGUUGAGUGCCAUAGUUCUUUAAGACAGUAUAUAUAAAUGCACUACAGUAUAUUCAUCCCCCCCAACCCCACUGUAGCUAAGAGAGAUCGAACUGCGUCUGAAUGUUGCAAUUGCUUUUUUUUUUAAAAAAUCCCUGACCGUUUACCCCUAAGUUACUGUUCUCUUAGGUAUUCGUCACCAAGCUAGCCUGGAAUUUGUUCUGUUCUUGGGUGAGGAAAGCUUAGCUCUCCAGAGAACUUACUUUUUAAGCCUUUUUUUCUGUUAGUGCAGCUCUGUUCUCAAGGUUUUUAAACAGGUUUGUUUUAAAGCUUGGCCUAAACAGAGCCUCUUGAUCUGAACAGUCUCCCUGCACUCUGAAUUCAAGGAAUGUUUGGGUUCAGGUCUGCACUCGAGAGCCAGCUCCUACUUCAGUCAUGAGCAAAACCAAAACCCCAGUUCCAGACGACUUCCAGGCUCUGGGAAAGUUCAGUACAGGAUCUGGAGUGGGAUUUCCUGGCUUGGGCCUCUAACUUUAUUUUGAUGAACAGGAAUGUCUGGGGGGAAGUCUCUUACAAUGUGAAUGUCUUUGUUUUGCUUGCUUGUCUUUGUUACAGACGUUUAACACACUAAGGCAAGGUACUUAAGUGGGUCCCAUUGAAGUGUAUGGGACCAGUCACAUGUUCAAGCAACUUGGUGAACCAGGGCCUAAAGUGGUGAUUUUCAAGUCAUGGCCGAUCUGUGGUCUGCCAGGCCCUUCCUGCUGGUCCUAGGUAUCUCCUAUGGUAUUUAUAAGGACCCUACCCCCUUUGUAUUUAUGCACCAGUAACGAUUACAAAGAAGCCAAAUUGCACUGGUGGUUGCAGGGUGUGGGAUGGGUCUGUGGAAGGAUCUCUUCUCAUUGCCACAUGCCCUGCCCUAAAGCACACCCAGUUCUUUCAGUCAGGCUUUCUGGCAGUUUUUGUUGGUUUUUAACAGUUGUGGCCUUUUGGUGUAUGUUCAUUUUAAAAACUCUAUUGGUUUUGUACCAUUUUUUUAAAUGAAAGUCACAUAGUGUUGUGCAUGAUGCAUCAUAAAAAGUGAGUUUCUUUAACCUUUGGAUAACAAGUGCAACUGGAGAGGAGACUCCGUGGGGCAGGAUCUGUGGGGAUAAUUGGAUAAAGCUGUCAUCAGGGUUGAACUGGCUGUCAGAAUUUAGGGCCCCAGCCCUGGCUUAGUUGGCUCAGACGUGUGAAUUUAGAACAAAAGCACCCAGUAUGAAUUUCCUCCUUUCACGAUUCCUGCCGUACCAGCUCAGAACUGGAAGUUGUUUGACAGUCACUUUGCUCAGGAAACAUGUCUUUCUGUUUUUAAAUGUGUGUCAGGAUUUAACACAAAACCAAAUAGAAGCUGAGCGUAUUCACAGCUGCUACAUAACCUACCUGCUGCAGUUCAAAGUGCCACCAUUUCUGUCUGUCACUGAAAGGGGCGCUGUUAGCGUAAGCUUCCUUUAAAUGGAAUGCCCUUAACUUUGUUACUGCUAAUGCUUGAGAGAUCUAAACCCCAAUGAGAGAGGAAAAAGUCAUUUACUCUUUGCCAUUUACUUUUCUGCGCUUCACUGAGCUUGGAAGGAGAGGUUAGUGGUUGGCAUGGGGGACUGGGUGCCAGGACUCCUGGGUUCUAUUCCCUGCUUUGCCACAGGAAUCACUGUGAGACCUUAGGCAAGUUACUUCACUUCUCUGGGCCUUCAUCUCUCCAUUUGCAAAAGGGGGGACCAUGAUGAUAUUUACCUCACAGGGAUGUUGUGAGGCUAGACUUGAGAUUUUCUAUCGAAGCGCAAACUGUCUUCUAAUAAAGAUUUGAACAGUGAAACUAGACCGGCCUGUUUCACUUGCCAUUUACAGUCUGUUAGUGGAUGAGAAUCAGGUGUCGGGGACAGCAAGGUAGUAUCAGCAUUUCCAACCCAAUCCCACAGUCCUUGCUUUACGCUCAUGUCCAUGGGAAGCAUGGCUUGCAGGCUUUGCUCUGAAGGGGGCUGUUUCACUCCGAUCCCCCUCCCCUUUUCUCCUCUCUUUUAUUGGAAUUUAUUUAAAUGAAUGGAAACCUACUUUAAAGUGUUUAAGCCUUUGACCAUAAGCUAAGUGACCGAGGAAAUUCCUAUUGAACAAUGUCAGGUGAAGCCCAUGUAUGGCUGAGCCUUUCUCUAGGGGCUAGGUCUCCUGGUUGCUCAGGGGUGAGCGAUCUCCUUGCUCCCUGCUAUUUCCCCAUCUCCCCACUAUGUAGCUUGGACUGUCAAAGACACUAUUUCAUGUCUUUGCUCUCAGUCAGCAGCAUGGUGCAAAUCCUAAAGCCUGGAGGGGUCGAGCAGAACCUACCAAGUAGAUGCAAGCAAAGCUGCUGUGAUCAGUUUGAGAUCCAUGGAGAUUGUUGAGAUGGCUUUUCUGUAGUAAAGUAGUAUGUGGUGUUUGUAGGGUGGAGAGGAUGGAUAGUGAAAACGUUAGGGUCCCUGGCCCCUCGUAGGAACGAAGGGGCAGAUGCUUGUCUCCUGGUUCUUGCCAGUCCCAUAACUAGGACCGUAGCAUAGUGAAAGGCAGUGUAUGAACUGAGCAGUCCACCAGAAACACAGUUGAGAUGCUACUAUUUUCUCACCAUGGCAUGUGGAUUCAGCAUGCUGCCCCUCUGCUCUGCAGGGUGAGGAAGGAAUGGAACUGGAAUGGACCUAGAGCAAGGUGAUUGGUGGUAGCGCUCCCACCCUAUGGGGGCGGAGUGGAGCAGAUAUGGUCCCCAACCAACCCUUGCUGCCAGGGGGCUAGGGUGACUUGCUGCCUCCAUCAAGUGCGUUCUAUCAAUAGCAGAAGAGGGUGGUAGUGGACGAAUAGGUGGCUGCUGGUAAUCUCACUCCCCUAGGGGGCAGGGGUGCUUGAUAACAGAGGCAACAAGCAGAGCGACAAGGUGGCAUGACACAACUCUUGCAACUGGGUCUGAUCUAGAAUAGGCCUUGACAGCGGCCCCCAUUCCGGCAUAGCAGAGGAAUAACAAGUCAUUAGUGUCUUUGGAUGGGGCAGUGGUGAUAAAUAUAAACCAGCUUUCAGCACCUCUGCCCAUGGCUACUCCUAUCCUCUUCCCUCUCCCCCCCUCUGCUGGGCUGAUCGCCUCUGAUGACCCAUUUGCCAAAAAUACCCACUUCAUCCUCUGUUGCUCUAGCCUCCACUCCCAUCUCCCUGUUGUGUUUCUCAGGCCAAGAGCCUGGUGAGGAGCUUGUAGCAGGCAAGAUGGCUGUCAUCAGGAACACAGGCUGGAGCUCAUGAUAAGGCAGGGCUCUUGGGUGGAUCCCAUCCUUAUCCCAAUCUUGCCUCCCAGUUACAGGAAACCCUUCCAUUUCCCCCAUGCUCCCACCCCUGUUGCCAUGGACUCCACCAAAAAUCCUAUAAAAUCACACCACUACCAGUUUCUUAAAAACUGGCAAUUCCAUUUAGCCCCAUGCACUGCUUUAAAGUCUUGUUGGCAUAAAUGUAUUUAAACAGUAACGAUAAAGAAGCCUGAAAUAUCACAAACUUGUUUACCCUGUUUCGUAGGAAGACUUAUUCAAGUCGAUUAAGCUAACAUAGCUGUCCCAUUAAAAAAGCCUGCAAAUCUGGCCUCCCCUCUUAAAAAAAUAUAAAUUGACUUUGGGUCUUUGGAGAGAACUGUGUUCUGGCUCCAGACUUUAUCUUCAAAAUGUCCUUAAGUUUUCAGUCUGCCAUCCAAUAGACAUUUAGAUGAAUGUGCAGAUGUCUGUUUUCAUGUUCAGCUUGUAUUUGUACGUGCUGUCCCCUUGUAGGUAUGUGCAUUAUUCCUGUCUAAUGCCUGAAAAGCCAGGGGUGGUUGUUCAGUAAUGCCCAUUAGGACUGUAUGGAGAACGACACACUCUUGGGACCGAGUCAUAAAACUACUUCUGUAAGCGGGCGGUGUGGCUGCAGGUGGGCAAUGGGAUGGAUACACGGAUCCUUUCACCUCCCGUUGGCUGGCUCCGACUCCUUUAAAGAUGAUGACCAAAAAUUACUGUCUGACAGGUGUUCAGUAACCUGUGCGACUUCAGUGCUGAUCUAUUUGGUUCCUCUUGAGCCAGGUCUCCACAGCACCAUGACUGCCACAAGUAUGGCCUCUCCGAGAAAGGGGCCCGUUAAUAGAGACCAAAUUUUCACCCCAUGUGGCAGGGCAGUGUGUAGCAGAAGCAUUGUGCCUCUACCACCCAUACCUGUCCUGUGCAUAGAGAGGACUGAAUUCUCUAGGACUGUUGAUCUGGCACCUUUCACCAGCAUUAACUAACUCACUUGGGGGGGGGGACACAUGUGCACACGUUCAUUUUGCUGUGGUUUCGCUGCCUGCACGGAGAUCUGUCUGUGAAGGAUUCUUACACUCCUCUGUGCCUAUAUCUUGUAAUGAAUACGUUAUUCUGUACUGUGGGCCAGGAUCUCCUGGCUCCCACACAACUCUUCUGAUCACUGUGUAAUGUACAGCCUGAUACUUUUUUCUACAUAAACUGCAUAUAGUAAGGUGGGUUCUGCUGAGGUUUUCUAAUGAAUAGACACUAACCAGCCUCUUGCUGCAUAUGUUGCUUUAACUGCAGUGAUACGUGGUCUGAAAUAAAUUCUGAAAUCUGUUUUUGUUUUCCCCCCUCGUCCCAGUUGUGAACUUGAGUAGCAAACUCCUGGUGUCUGAUGUUCAUGCACUGUGUGUCUAGCAGAGUGAAUUGUUCUGUUCCAAGCUGGGUUCUCUUAAGUUAUAGCUGGAUGGUUUUGUUUUUGAACUGAAACAUGAAACCAUUUUACACUUUGCAUAUUUUGUACAGUAAAAAUCUGAAAAUAAACUGAAAACAGAAAUUCUGUGCUCCUA